UGGACAUUGAUUUGGACGGCUCAUGGGAGUUUUUUUUGCCUUUGUCCUUGACACUCACCUGGCAAGCAGAACAUCUCUCGGACAUCGUGGAGGGACGGAGAUAGUAAUGGCGUAACGAUGUCCCCUCCCUUCCGUCCUGCUUAUGCGAUGGAAGAGGGAGAGUCUUGGGUGAUAUAUCCACGUUCGCAUAUCGUGGGGUUGUUUUUGUAGUUGAGAGACAGACACAUAUCCAUCACCGCACGGUCAACAGCAGCAGCAAAAGAAGGGAGAGAAUAAAGAUAAUAAGAAGAAGACGAGAGACCUCAUCCGUACCUAUUCGUCUCAUCACACACCGUCGAUACACCCCCGAACGACAGACCAUCAUGUCUUCUCCUUCAUCUUCCACCUCUUCCGAACCGCAACAGCAGCAAUACGACUGGUAUGUGCACCUCCCCGAUCUGCCCGACAGCCAGCAGAUCCGCACCGACAACCGCCAUCUCCACCUGAAGCACAACGCGGACAUCUUCGGGAAGCAAGUCAUCUUUGGCGGCCCAACCCUCGUCGCUCCCUCCCUCAGCCCCGCCGACCCCAACUUCCAAGUCAACGGCAGCAUCCACGUGAUCCGCGCGGGCAGCGAGGACGCCGUGUGGGAGAUGCUGCGCGAGGACCCCUUUGCCAAACUGGGCGUCUGGGACCUGGAGAAGACGGUCGUCGUGCCGAUGAAAUGUUUCGUCAUGGCGCCGCUUUAGAUAUCCUGCGAUGUCGAUGAGAUGAGAAGAUUGAUCGAAGAUGGAGGAGGAUGGAGACGAUGGGAGAACGAUGGGAGACAGAUCUCCGGUACCAUCAGCUGAGAUACACAUCUAUGAACCUGUGACCUCGUUGUCGUUAUGCACACGCGUGAAAUUGGUUGGUUUCUUUCGAUGAGAGAAAAUGUGAGACUUUUAUUCAUUUCAAUAGUGCUG